AUGAUCGUAUCCAUUGUGCGAAGCUGCUCAAUUAACUUCAAAAUAUGCAGCGAUCCAUUACCCGAUAAUUCACGUAGUUCUCUCCGACAUAAUUCGUUGUCAUCAAGUCAAAUGGCAUUCCGUACAUGUUUCAUUCGCACCGAUUAUUCCGAAGUAGCAGCUAAAACAGCAGCUCAUCAAAUGAAAUUUCAAAUACCCCUGGUGGGUAUAGAUGGUCGACAAGCAGAAUAUCAGAAACGUUUAGAGGGUUGA